AUGGGUUCCACCAUCAUCGAAAUAAACCUAGUAGCGAUAUUUUUAAACUUCAUACAGUGCGCUCUUACGGAGGAUAUCCGGCCAUGUAACAUGACCAUUCUGGGGCAGUGCCCGGGCAAGAACGAGAUAUGUAAGCAGAGCAAGUGCGAAUGCGACGUAGGCUUCCUAAGAUAUUAUGAUGAGUGCAUCUCAAAAGUCACCGAUAUUUCUAGCAGAUACGACGUCACUGCUGCCAUAAUCUCUAUAUUCACUAUAGCGAUAGUCACAGUCGGUUUAGUUGUAGUCAUUAGGAAGUAUAAUCUAAUUGAAUAUGUCCGUCAGAAGAUAGAGUUACGAAGGACUCACAACAUUAUGUAUGAGGAUGUAAUGAUUGGACACGAUGAUCCCCCAUUGAGCCCCUAG